GGUACCAAAAAGCUGGAGAAGGAUCUUGGUAUUAAAGGGGGUUUGGUGGGUGGCCAGUAAGAUGGGUUCUCCAACCACGGACAGCUCAGGAAAGAGUCUGCAGUAUCAAGUGGAUCAUCUGCUAAGCGCCGUGGAGAAUGAACUACAAGCUGGCAGAGAAAAGGGGGAUCCUACCGAGAGGGAGCUGCGAGUCACUCUGGAGGACAGUGAACUGUGGUUGCGCUUCAAAGAACUCACCAAUGAGAUGAUUGUCACCAAAAAUGGCAGGCGAAUGUUCCCGGUGUUGAAGGCCAGCGUGUCCGGACUCGACCCCAACGCCAUGUACUCCUUCUUGCUGGACUUUGUGGCUGCAGACAAUCACCGCUGGAAGUACGUCAAUGGCGAAUGGGUGCCGGGAGGCAAGCCUGAGCCGCAGGCCCCGAGCUGCGUCUACAUCCACCCGGAUUCGCCCAAUUUUGGCGCCCACUGGAUGAAGGCGCCCGUGUCCUUCAGUAAGGUCAAGCUCACCAAUAAGCUCAACGGGGGAGGCCAGAUCAUGUUGAACUCCUUGCACAAGUAUGAGCCUAGGAUUCACAUAGUGAGAGUUGGCGGCCCUCAGCGAAUGAUCACCAGCCAUUCCUUCCCGGAGACACAGUUUAUAGCUGUGACAGCUUACCAGAACGAAGAGAUAACAGCAUUAAAGAUAAAAUAUAACCCCUUUGCAAAAGCUUUCCUGGAUGCAAAAGAAAGAAGUGAUCACAAAGACAUGAUGGAUGAAGUGGGAGACGGUCAGCAAUCACAAUAUUCACAAUUAGGUGGUUGGCUAAUUCCUGGAACAGGGACUCUUUGUCCUCCUGCCAGUCCUCAUUCCCAGUUUGGCACAUCUCUUUCACUGUCUCCUGCUCACAGUUGUGAAAGGUAUUCGUCGUUAAGAAAUCACCGACCUGCCCCUUAUCCAAAUCCAUAUACACAUAGAACCAAUUCUCCAACACCCUAUGGAGAUAGUUCUUCAGCAUGCCUUUCUAUGCUCCAAAGCCACGAUAAUUGGUCCAGCUUAGGAGUUCCAACUCCAACAAGUAUGUUGCCUAUGAAUCACAGUAGCGGUCCACCAACCAGCUCCAGCCAAUAUCCCAAUUUGUGGUCUGUGAGCAACAGCACCAUCUCACCCGUUUCACAGUCAGGCGGAAUGUCCAGUGGGAUAGGACCCCAGUUUUUGCGAGGCUCUACAACGCACUACCCCACACUUCCUCAUUCCGUCGCUACGACUUCUUCGGGCUCUCCCCUCUAUGACAAUGGGACACCCACAGAUAUUGCUGACAGUCAGUAUGAUGCCUCAGUGCAUGCUAGACUUGCCUCCACGUGGACUCCCGUCACAACUCCUUCUAUGUAGACCUUUUCUGAUGGCCAAAGACUUUCUAGUUGCUCUAAACUGGGAAUCCGCUGAGAAAGUUCCAGGAGUUAGAGGAAUAAGUCUUGACGUAUAUUAACGGUAAAGUAUCUGCACUAAUCGCUUGAUGCUCCUUUCAGUAUUAGAAUGUAUUAGUAAAUAGUACAGACACCUUAUGAAAGCUCUAGGAAUUUGUCUGGUGGUCCAGACCCCAAAGGACAUGAUUACCACCCUCUUUUCUACCUCUGCAGCCUUGAGGACUAGAAUUGUUGCCAAACUUCUGUUAAUGAGUGUUCAAAGCAUCAUGAACAGAUUCUUAAGCCAUUUUUGACUUUUUUUAAAAAAAAAUUAACAUCAGAUUAGGGAUUUGCCAAUACCAGAUUAGGGACCUCAUGAUUUCUUUUUUGUUCUGUUCAGUUUUUUAAAGGAAAAAAAACAGUAUUAAGGGCUGAUUUCUACCAAGCAUCAUACUUGACAGGUUUUCAUAGAUGAAUGUAUAAAUUGCUUCUGUUGAAAACAAUGAUGUGUAUAUUUCUGUUUUAUUUGAUUUUUGCUGGCAGUUUCAGAAAUAUAACUGUGACUUGGAUUUUUAUUUGUUGAAGGGUGAGAUUAUGCAUACACUUUCCCUAAGUAAUACUUUAUUAUUUACCCAGUUAAAGGAAAGGACAAUCAAUGGCUCCAGGCCUGGUUUUGUGGCCCCCAAAGUUUGUUUUCAUAAGUGUUGCUAAAAAUCAGCAGCAUUUUCCCAGGAUUCUAAAUAAGAAACACUCAAAUUGAAAAUUUAACUGCAUAAUAUGCCUAACCUAGUUUAACAAGGAAAUCACCCAAUAUCUUCCAGCAAUUUUCUUUCAGCCACUUGCUUACGGAUGUCCCAGUUGGGAUAGUUCAUUACCUGUUCUUUGAUCAUUCUAUAAUGCUUUGAAGAUGCAUACAAUGGAUGCAACAGUAUAGAAACUUCUAAAACAUUUCUAAAAAGAAAUGCCAAUUCUUUUAAAAUACCUCUAUAUAAUUAGCCUUAAAGAAUAGUUAAAAAUUGUGCACUAAUAAAAUAUGUGCCUUA